AUGCGUUUCUUUAUCGUCCUCCUGGCCGUCGUCGUGACCGUCUCCACCUUCACCGGUCUGCCGGCCACCUACUCGACGAAGCAGAAGAAGAACGCUUGCGAUGACUAUUGCAUGGGCCAGACUGAGUCCCUGUCGACCGGAUUCAAAUUCCAAGUGAACGGCUGGGAGUUGUGCAGCUGUGCGCCUGCUCAGGCUACUGGAAGCUGGUCCGCCUCCACCUGCUACACCCAGUGCUACAACCGUUGCAUAAACACCCUCGGCUACUGCUCCUGGAACUACGCCACCAACGGCAAUUACACUGGUCUGUGCUGCCGACGUCCAACACCGAACCGUCCGUCCAGAAGAAGUGCUUCAAGACCGGCUCCGGUCUCUGCUAUCAAGCAUAAU